UUCAGACUCCGCGGGUGUUUCGGGCGUUGAGUUGUUGAGGGAUCUCCAGGCUGUGCAGCGAGGCCGCCGCGGAAGCAACGCUUUUCAGGAUCACCGGGACCGGCCUCAGGAAGACGUCCUCUCGCCACCAUCUUUUCUAUUCAUGAGUCACCCACCAGCUGUGGUUAAUUCGGGCGUUGCUCAGCCCACAGCAGCUGCAGAGGGUCAAACGCUGCCCAGCGUGCCCACUUCGCGGUGCCUCACAAUUGAUGACUUUGAAAUCGGGCGUCCUCUGGGCAAGGGAAAAUUUGGGAAUGUGUACCUGGCUCGGCUCAAGGAAAGCCAUUUCAUUGUGGCCCUGAAAGUCCUCUUCAAGUCCCAGCUAGAGAAGGAAGGACUGGAGCACCAGCUGCGCAGAGAAAUUGAAAUACAGUCGCAUCUACAACACCCCAAUAUCCUACGUCUGUACAACUACUUCCACGAUGCACACCGCGUGUACUUGAUUCUGGAAUAUGCUCCACGGGGUGAGCUCUACAAGGAGCUGCAAAAGAGCCACACAUUGGAUGAACAACGUACAGCCACGAUAAUGGAGGAGUUAGCAGAUGCUCUGACUUACUGCCAUGAGAAUAAGGUGAUUCACAGGGAUAUUAAGCCGGAGAACCUGCUGCUGGGGUUCAGGGGUGAGGUGAAGAUUGCAGACUUUGGCUGGUCUGUGCACACCCCCUCGCUGAGGAGAAAGACAAUGUGUGGGACUCUGGACUACUUGCCCCCAGAAAUGAUUGAGGGGAGAACAUACAAUGAGAAGGUGGAUCUGUGGUGCAUUGGGGUGCUCUGCUACGAGCUGCUGGUGGGAAAUCCACCCUUCGAGAGCACCUCCUAUUCUGAGACCUACAGACGCAUCCUUAAGGUUGAUCUAAGGUUUCCUCCAUCAAUACCUUUGGGGGCCCAGGACUUGAUCGGCAAGCUUCUCAGAUACCAGCCCUCGGAGCGGCUGCCUUUGGCCCAUAUCCUGCAGCACUCCUGGGUUCGAGCCCACUCUCGGAGGGUGCUCCCUCCAUCUACUCAAAUGGCUUCCUGAGCCCUUUCCACCCUGUACCUUUGUGUUUGUUCAGAGAGCUCCCCUGGCUCCACUAUCUCAUCUGCCUUUUGUUUCUUCUCUUUUAAAAUGCAAGAUGCUAAUUAAUAAAAGCUGAAUCAUUUUGUACCA